AUGAGCGAGUCUGAAGCCAAGAUUCUGAUUGAGAAAGCGGAGAAAAAAGCCCAGCCAACUGCUGGGUUCAUGAAGUGGCUCUCAGGAGGGGAUGGAUACCGAUUGGAAGAAGCAGCUGAACUGUAUGUUGAGGCUGGAAAUUUGUAUAGGUUAUCGAAGCAGUUAGAAAAGGCCGGCGAUACCUUUAUACGGGCUGCACAGUGUCAGAUUGAUGCAAACAAUGAGGACGAGGCGGGAAAUAUGUUUGUAGAGGCAUUUAAGUGCUAUAAAAAGUCGAAUCCUGCGAGUGCAUGUAAAUCUUUGGAUAAAGCUGUCGACAUAUUUACACGUAAGGGUCAAUUCCGCCGAGGAGCGUACUUUAAGUACGAGCUAGCGGAAAUUCAGGAAAUGGACUUGCAGGAUUAUCAGUCCGCGACCAAUAAUUACGAAACCGCGGGUGACUGGUACCUUCAAGACCAAGCUGUGGCAUUGUCGAACAAAGCCUUUUUAAAAUGCGCUGAUUUAUUAACCCUUGAUCACCAGCACCUACGUGCUGCAGAAUUAUAUCAAAAGGUUAUUGCCAAUUCCCUCGGCAAUAGGCUUUCGCAGUGGGCAUUAAAAGACUAUUACUUGAAAGUAGCCCUGUGUUAUCUUGCCGCUGGGGAUACCGUGGCUGCACAGAAGACUGUGUCCGAUGCGAAACAGGAGGACCCUUCCUUUGGAGCGUCACAUGAGAACGAUUUCCUAGUUCAGAUCGUUGAGGAUGUAAAACAAUCUGACGUUGAAGGGUUUACGGCUCAUGUAACUGAGUUUGACAAAUUUAACAAACUUGACAAAUGGAAAACAAGUGUUCUUUUACAGAUCAAGGAAUCUCUUGCUGAAGCAGAAGAUGACCUUCUAUAA